AAACGGAAAAUGACUUCCCGGCUAGCGCAUUCCCGGGAUCUCUUUCCGGUUAGCCCGGGGGUGUCCGCGUGAGAGUUGGAGAUUUCCUGCUGCUGGGGCUGGGAGGUGCUAGUCCACCGCGCUUGAUUCGAGAGCUGUCCCAGCUGAGAAAGUAGGAUGUCGGACACGUGGAGUUCUAUCCAGGCCCACAAAAAGCAGCUAGACUCGCUACGAGAGAGGCUGCAGCGGAGGCGGAAGCAAGACUCGGGGCACUUGGAUCUACGAAAUCCAGAGGCAGCACUGUCUCCCACCUUCCGCAGUGACAGCCCAGUGCCUACUGCACCCACUUCUGGUGGCCCUAAGCCCAGCACAGCUUCAGCAGUUCCUGAGCUAGCUACAGACCCUGAAUUAGAGAAGAAAUUGCUACAUCACCUUUCUGAUCUGGCCUUAACAUUGCCCACUGAUGCUGUGUCUAUCCGUCUUGCCAUCUCCACGCCAGAUGCCCCUGCCACUCAAGAUGGGGUAGAAAGCCUCCUACAGAAGUUUGCAGCUCAGGAGCUGAUUGAGGUAAAACGAGGUCUCUUACAAGAUGACGCACAUCCCACUCUUGUGACCUAUGCUGAUCAUUCCAAGCUCUCUGCCAUGAUGGGCGCUGUGGCAGAAAAGAAGGGCCCUGGGGAGGUAACAGGGACUAUCACAGGACAGAAGCGGCGUGCAGAGCAGGAUUCAGCCACAGUAGCUGCCUUUGCUAGUUCUUUGGCCUCUGGUCUGGCCUCUUCAGCAUCAGAAGCAGCCAAGGAGCCAACCAAGAAAUCGAGGAAACAUGCUGCCUCGGAUGUUGAUCUGGAGAUAGAGAGCCUUCUGAACCAACAGUCUACCAAGGAACAACAGAGUAAGAAGGUCAGUCAGGAGAUCCUAGAGCUAUUAAACACAACAACAGCCAAGGAACAGUCCAUUGUUGAAAAGUUUCGAUCACGAGGUCGGGCCCAAGUACAGGAGUUCUGUGACUAUGGAACCAAGGAGGAGUGCAUGAAAGCCAGUGAUGCUGACCGGCCCUGCCGCAAGCUGCACUUCAGACGAAUUAUCAAUAAACACACUGAUGAGUCAUUAGGUGACUGCUCUUUCCUUAACACAUGUUUCCACAUGGACACCUGCAAAUAUGUUCACUAUGAAAUUGAUGCUUGCAUGGAUUCUGAGGCUCCUGGGAGCAAAGACCAUACACCUAGCCAAGAGCUUGCUCUUACACAGAGUGUUGGAGGGGACUCCAAUGCAGAUCGACUCUUCCCACCUCAGUGGAUCUGUUGUGAUAUCCGCUACCUGGACGUCAGUAUCUUGGGCAAGUUUGCAGUUGUGAUGGCUGACCCACCCUGGGAUAUUCACAUGGAGCUGCCCUAUGGGACCCUGACAGAUGAUGAGAUGCGCAGGCUCAACAUACCAGUACUGCAGGAUGAUGGCUUUCUCUUCCUCUGGGUCACAGGCAGGGCCAUGGAGUUGGGCAGAGAAUGUCUGAACCUCUGGGGUUAUGAACGGGUAGAUGAAAUUAUCUGGGUGAAGACAAAUCAACUGCAGCGCAUCAUUCGGACAGGCCGUACAGGUCACUGGUUGAACCAUGGGAAGGAACACUGCUUGGUUGGUGUCAAAGGAAAUCCCCAAGGCUUCAACCAAGGUCUGGAUUGUGAUGUGAUCGUAGCUGAGGUUCGUUCUACCAGUCAUAAACCAGAUGAAAUCUAUGGCAUGAUUGAGAGACUAUCCCCUGGCACUCGCAAGAUUGAGUUAUUUGGACGACCACACAAUGUGCAGCCCAACUGGAUCACCCUUGGAAACCAACUGGAUGGGAUUCACCUAUUAGACCCAGAUGUGGUUGCCCGGUUCAAGCAAAGGUAUCCAGAUGGUAUCAUCUCUAAGCCUAAAAAUCUAUAGAAGCACUUCCUUAUAGAGCUAAGCACCUACACCCAUGGCUCUGCAGGCUGCAUCUGAAGAGUAAUAUUUGUACAGUAGUUUUUUUUCCCCUUAUUUAAAUAAAAGUUUGUAUUGUAGUUGGGAUUUCAAGGUCAAAAUCUGGCUGUGCCACUAACCGUGUGUGAUCUUGUGUAACCUAUCUCUCAGUAGGAUUUCUUAUAUGUAAGCUGGGAAUGUGACCUACCUCAUUGGGUUAUUGUAAGGGUUCAAACUAAAUGAGUGCAUGGAAAGCAUUAAAAUGUUGAUUAUACUAUAUAGGAUCAAAGUGGUUAGCAGUUAGUAUUAUGUGACGACAUAAUCAAGAAGGGGGUUCUCUGGGACAGCUUUUCUUAAGGUAAGAUUUGAUUCACUUCAGGUUAUCAUCAUUAAGGCUAACAUGCUCUAAAUAUUUGUUUACUCUUUUACAGUUAUGUGGCUUUGCUUGUCUUUCCUUUUUAAAAAUGCAUCCUUAGGGUGUACAGAGAAUUAGCAUAUAUAUUAUGUAAGUGAAAACACCUCUAGCCUAUCUUAUAAAAGAAAUUUCAUCAAACACAACUGAACACAACUUCGUUAGACUUUAGUAAAACCUCUUAUAUUAAGGAUAUAGACUUCUGCCUUUUACACUCAUAAACUGUGAUAAAUCCAAGGAGGAUCAUGGACUACAGAAAUAACAUUAUUUGAAAAGAGAAAUAAAUAAGAAACCCCCAGGCGAUGGUAUUUUCCCUAUAGCCCGGGUGCUUGCUCUGUUGAAAACUUUUGUUCUCAAAGCAAUGUGUAUGUGUGAUAGCAGUUGUUCCUGUGUAAGAGAUAACCUUUAAUGCAGUUUUUCAUCCCCUUUAAAAUGGAUGCACACAGUGUUUUAGCCUAGGUUCAAAACCGAGUAUUCUCCCAUCAUUUUAAUAAUUGUUUAGGCAUGUCCUAUGACAAUUAUCCCAAGUUUCCUCAAACAACCCCCCACCAGCACCACCCCUAUGUUCUGCUUGUUCAUAUUCCCUUCACCCUUUCCUCUGCUAUUAUCACUGGUAUCUCUGUACUUUAAAGUAAAAAGCAAUUCCAGGUUACAGCAAACUCAAUGGCCUUGCUCCAAAGUAUGGCCCCUGCUGAAGAGACAGAAAAGGGAAGAAGCGUGAAGGACCAUCAUGGGUUGAAAUCAGGCACUACCAGAAGCCCAGCUUUUUUUUUU